CCACUUUGUGUGGGACGACGGUCCUAGUCGGUUGUUGCUGAAAUAAAUCAAAAUAAACAUGUCAUGUGCUUUAUGGCAAAAAAAAAAAAGGUAACCAGUUAUGUCCAAAAAGUUAAAGCACAAAACAAAUAGCAUGGGUGUUCGUUUCCCACUUUCGUUUUGAAAACAAUACUGGUGUAGCAAAAAGGCAGAUUUCUGAGGAGUGAAUUGUGAAUUGCAGAAUCGCAGCGAAUUAGCUGUAAAAUAUUGUUCAGAUUUCCAUGGGAAACAAGAAAAGUGGAGAAUUUUAAAGUACUAGUCGUUAACAUGCGGAUAAAUACCCAGGUUCACCCGUCCUUUAUUAGCCGCCUUUCGUGUGUCUCGCUACUGUGGUUACCAUUUUGCGUGACAGACAGAUGCAUAUGGGUAUUAUAAUAAAGAAUGAAUGUAAGAAUGUUUAAGGUACCAACAAGAAAAAUCAAAAUGAGUGGGAAAAAAAUAAAGAAGGUGAAAUUUCCAUUGCAAAAGAAGCUUUCGUAUGGUGUUGGUCAUGUGUUAAAUGAUUUGUGUGCAUCCAUGUGGUUUUCUUAUAUGCUAUUGUUCUUCCACAAAGUUGCUGUAUUUAAUAAUAUAAACUCUGGAGUGUUAAUAUUAGUUGGACAAAUUUCUGAUGCUCUGGCAACUCCUUUUGUUGGUUACGAGUCAGAUAAAACAACAAAUGUACGAUAUGGUAGACGAAAAAUAUGGCAUUUACUUGGCGUGUUUUGCGUAGCAGUUUCAUUUCCCUUCAUCUUUAGUUUGUGUAUUUACGUGGGUAAUGAUGCUUCACAAACUGCACGCAUGAUAUACUAUAUACCGUUUGUAAUAAUUUUUCAAUUUGGUUGGGCCGCAACCCAAAUAUCUCACUUGUCAUUGAUUCCUGAACUAACGUUUUGUGAACAAGGAAAAGUGGAACUGAAUGCCAUCAGAUAUCUGUUCACAAUUCUGUCAAAUAUGUUAGUUUUUGCAGUAUGUUUUAUACUUUUUGAAAUGAGCUCUAUAAAAAAUGCUUCUUCAAGCCAUUCAUAUCUUUCUUCUGCAGAUGCACCAAAAUUCCAGAUUCUGGCAAUAUGUGUUGUUGUUGUUGGCUUAGUGUUUAUGAUAAUAUUUCAUGUUGGAGUAAAAGAACAAUUAAUACAUGCUUAUGUACCUGCAUGUAAAAAUGAAGAAGAUGAUGAUGAGGAGGAGGAAGCACUUAUAAGAAAUAAAAGUGUCCAGGAAAACGAAGAAAUUUGCCAAAGAACAAUAAAGGACUGGUUUAAAGUACCUUUGUUUUACCAGGUUGGCAUGUUAUACAUGAUGACACGCCUUAUUGUCAAUAUAUCACAAGUUUACGUUUCAUAUUUCGUAUUGGAGACCCUCCACCUAGAGAAGAGUUCAAUUGCUAUCGCUCCAGCUGUGAUAUACUUUAGCGGUAUAAUUGCUUCAUUAAUUGCAAAGCGGUUAAAUUCAAAGUUGGGUCUUAAGUUCACAUUCUUCUUUGGAUUAAUUCUGAUAUUUGGAUCGAGUACUUGGUUUUAUUUCCUAAGAGGGUUAUCAUUUUCCAAUAAACAUCAACUCUAUGGUGGUACAGUUUUGCUGGGUAUGGGUGGAUCAACGCUGUUGAUUGAUUCGUUGGCAAUGAUAUCCGAAAUGAUUGGAGAGAACACGGAUACUGGAGCUUUUGUAUAUGGUUCAAUGAGUUUUUUGGAUAAGCUAUCAAACGGUGCAGCUAUAAUGUUGAUUCAAUACUUUCACCCUUGCAUCAAUGAUCCUUUAUGCUGUACUGACUGUCAAUUAUACUACAGAACAAUAAUGACGUUUGUGCCUGGUGUAGCUGCAGCGAUAGCUAUGAUGGUUCUGUUUACACUGGGGAAAAAUGCAUUUCAUUCAGAAGAAGAUGAGGCGGAGGACAGAGAUAGCAUCACACGCUCGUAUGGUAGUAUAGACUCGCACCCAAUUAACUCGAGCGACGAAAACGACAAACGCGGAGUGAUUCGAACGUAGUGUUCAAUUUCUGUCGAAUCUUUCAUCAUUGAUUUUAGUUUUUGAUAGCACUGAUGCCUUUUUAGAUUUAAUAUAUUGAUAAACGCAUGGUGGUAGAGCUGAGCAUGUACAGUCUCUUGAAAAAAAAUUGUUUCAGGUUAUAGAUGUUCUUUGUAUAUGCAAAUAUUCAGUGCUUUUGUCUGUAAGUUAAUUAACUUAGAUAAAUAAUUUUGAUUUUUUAAUUUUUACUGGAAAGCGGUAAAACAACUGAAACAAAUCCAAUCAGAUUAAAGAAUGAAUAUUGUUGACAACAUACAUACUUUUUGCAACAACUUUCUAAACUACGAGUGGGUAAACGAGGCAAAAAAUAUUUCUUGUUUAUUUCAAACGUUUUAUUUUUUGGAACGGGUGAAACACAAUGCAAAUCUAAUAAUUAAUUUAUUUCAUUUUUUUGCCAGAUCUAUUUUUUUAAUACUCAUUUUUUUUGUUUUUUUUGUUUUUUAAUUUUUGAUAUGUGUGCCCAUAGCGUAGGUUAAAUAAAGAAUAAAAUUUUUCUCCAGAAUUUAUAUUCAAAAUCCGUAAUAACACUAUUUUGAAGUUUGAAAAGGCAGCGUUUCAAACCUUUUUGGCGAACUGAGCACAUCUUUCCUGUACGUUUGAGUAAACGUGAACUUUACCCACCGUCGUAAGGACCGUGUAGAGGAUUGGACGCCCCAAUCCACAGGUACCCUUGUCUGUAACGAAUUUUAUUACCACGCUAAAUUGUUAGAUUUUUUGAGUUUUUAAAAGCUGGUGUUUCCCCGUCAGUCCGUAGAAAGGAAAUUUAACUUCAACUGUGUAUACAUUUGACAUCGUGUUUUUUAUAACUAGCUUCGUACCCAGUGCUUUUUCAGAGUUUCUUCAUCCGUCCUUAAGAAGAAAUUGGAAUAAAGUUUGUUCAUAGUUUUUGUAUUUUUUUUGUAUUUUGUAUUUUAAUGUCUGUACAUAAACUGAAUGAAUUUAUUUUCCCAUUUUUGUAUAUGCUUUCCGAAAAUAGUAAGUCCUUGCGCUUGA